AUGUGCAAUAAACAGUACGAACGGUAAGAUGAGUACUGAAAAAAUAAACACGUAAACAUUUGAACAAGCGGGGCCAGGUCCCAGAAAUCUUGAUAGUGCAGUUCAGAAAGAAGAACGGCCGUUUCGAGAGCCGUGAACAAACAACUGAAGAUGGUCGACGAAAGCGACGAAGAUGUCUUCCGCCUCUGCGCCGGAUUCCUCUUUGUCAUUUCCUCGAAUCCGCUCGACGAAACGGCAGUUCAUCCGGAUGAUUAUGCGGCCGCGGAGAAGUACAUAACCUCUUCUGUUCAUUCGCAAAAGUAACUCGUGAUUUCAGACUGCUCGAAAAACUUCAAAGACUGCCGAAGAAGACAAGAACGGCUAUGUCGACACGACGAAUUUGA